GUAAACAAACUGUGACGUCAACAGCGUAGUCAACCGUUUGGUAACUAAGAACGUUCGAACCUAUUCGACAGGUUCUUUCUGGUCACCUGUAACGGAUCGGCUUUUUUUCGAAACAUCAGUCAUGUUAAAGGUUUUUUGACGCGCGGAGAACAAUGGCGACACUGGAAACUCUCGACGGCCGGGUGAACGCCACAGAGGCGGCCAUUGCGGACAUGGGUGCCACGCUGAAAGUGUACGCCACAGGCUUGGACACACUGCUGGACAUCCUGUGUGGCUGCCUCAUCUUGACCAUGCAGGCAGGCUUCGCCCUGUUGGAAGUCGGCUCGGUCAAGGUCGCCAACGUCCACGCCAUCCUGCUCAACAACGUCAUGGACGUUUGUGUUGGUACUGUAGGCUACUUCUUGUUCGGAUACGCUGUGGCGUUUGGCCCGACAACCAACGGGUACAUGGGGACAUUCCACUUCGCCCUCAGCUACCUGCAGAGCGAUUACGACCUGACCUGGGUAUUCUUCCAGUACUCGUUUGCCGCCACCGCCUGCGCUAUCGUGUCUGGGGCCAUGGUUGGUCGUACCUCGUACCACGGGUACCUGAUCUACUCUUUCCUCAUCACCGGCUUUGUGUACCCGACCGUUGUGCACUGGGCCUGGAGCGGCGAGGGAUGGCUCAACUCUGAUAUGUACGGCCUUUCCUUUCAGGACUUUGCGGGAAGCGGUGUGGUGCACGUGUCCGGGGGGACUGCUGCCCUGAUGGGGGCCUUGGUGCUGGGCCGCAGGAAGGUGGCCAAGGAUGUUGAGGAGCACGCCAUCUCUGAAUCUUCUCCAGCCCUGGUCACCUUGGGCUUCUUCAUCCUGAUGGUCGGCUUCUUAGCCUUCAAUGGAAGCUCGCAGGGAGCAAUAUCUCAUCCCGGAGACGCUGGUGCCAUGGCCCGCUCAGUUGUGAACACUAGUCUGGCCUGCGCGUCUGGUGGUCUAGCCACCAUUCUGUUUGAGCGUCUGGUUCACAAGAAGAUCAAUGACUAUUACGUGCUGUGCAUCGUGGUGAAUGGAUGCCUGGGAGGAACUGUGGCAGUCUGUGCUUCGGCCAACGUUAUAAAUACGUAUGGUGCUCUAUUCAUCGGAUCUACAGGUGCCAUUAUCCACUGUCUGUGGUCCAUUUCCCUGCACAAGUAUACAUCCAUUGAGGACCCUGUCGAUGCCACCGCAGUGCACCUGGCACCUGGAAUUUGGGGUGUAUUUCUUGUCCCCUUCUUGGAUAGGAAAACUGGUAUCUUCUACUGCGGCUCUGCUGGACAGUACGAUGCCUGGCGCCAACUGGGAGUCAAUGUGGCCGGAAUUGUGGCCAUCAUUGCGUACAGUGCGAUGACGACUUUUGUCAUCUUCACCAUCCUUGACAAGGCUAAACUGCUACGAUCACACCAAGAGAAGUUGGACCACGCGGAAGCCCUUCGGAUUCAUGAGGAGGAGCUGCGCCAACAACAGGCACAUGGAUAUUUCCACGAUGUUGUCCACGACUAUGGGCCGGACAUGAAGUCAGAGCCCACAAAGAGUGUCUCCUCUGUCUUUGCUGAUGCCAGUGCUGAACCAAGUGAGACUGAACUAGUCUUCAGAGGCCAGGAAGCAUCUGUUAUCAGGGACACCGUGGUGUAGACAACUCACAGCACAGCUGGAAUUCUUCGAAUUCGAAAAUCAUAGCAGCAUCUAACAUCGGACAGUUAUUGUACAUAAUCAUAAUUAUUCUGCUAUAGUUCACUAAUAUGAUACAUCCCACGGGAUGUGCAGCGGGGAGUCUACGAGCCUUUCUCAGUCAGGAGACCCGCGUGGCUGGAAAAUCUAACAAUUAUGGUUACAAGGGAUACGCCUUGCUCAAACUACGAUAGAAAAAAAGACAGUGCAACACUGAGGGUACACUCAUACUAUGCGAUUGCAAGGCAGCAAUCCAGGACACCAACAGCACACAACAGGUCGAUGCAUACAAUGAGCUGAUCAACUCAACAAGACAAAAAACAACUAAUGGAACUCAAACAGAUGGGGCAGAACA